CACAACUUAAUGCUGUAUAUUGUAAAAAAUAUCUUGAAUGGAUACCUUUUGAAAAAAUUCAAAAUAUCACUUAUAUUGCGGAAGGUGGUUUUGGUAAGAUUUAUUCGGCUGAAUGGCCUGAAGGACAUAUUUAUAGUUGGGAUAUUGAAAAUCAAAAAUGGGAUAGAAUUACUAAAUAUAGUGAAUAUGCAUUGAAAAGUUUGAAUAAUUCUUCUGAUAU